AUGGUAAAUCAAAAUGUCAAUACACUUCGUCUUGAAGUUACAAUAGAUUUUACAUCUCAUGAAAUGGCAGCCAACGCCCUGCAAUGGCUUCCAGGUUUCGAUGCGAGCGACCUCAAAACGCUCGGGGAGCAGCGCUUCGCUCACAAGAUCCUUGCGUUUCUCGCAUCCCAGUACGUUUGGCAUGAGGGCAAUGACAAUGCGGCCGAGGUUCUGCCAGCCGUGAUUGCUCGACCGCUGAUGGAUGUGUCUCUGAAACUGGGAUGCCAACCCCUUCUAGGACACAUCGACUUGGUACUAUCCAACUGCUUUCCCGAGGAAUCGUCGAUGACCAGUGAUAGCAAACCUCCCCCUUUCAUCGAACGCACAGCAGAUAUUGAGAUCACCUUUGCAAGCGCGCUUCCCUUGAUAAUGAAAGUACUUCAGGCGAUUCGUGCUGGUGAUAAGAAUGUGAUCGAAAUAUGUCUCAGGAAGUUUCCACCAAUGUUUGAAACCAUGAAACAGCAGAUGCUUCGACUCCUCAGUAAGUUAUCCGUGAACGUUCUGAUAACCACUCUGUUGAAUGUCUUGAUUUUCACUGCCAGUGUGGAUAAAAUUUACAAUUCCCCGCUAAAACGAAGGAUGUUUAUCCCGUUACUGUGCGUCCGUCUUUUCGGUGAUGCCGAUCUCGGUGAACUCGAUCCCCAGGAGUUCUACGUGGACUUGCGAAAAUACCUCUCCGGCUGGUCACAUGGUAGACUUACAAAGGGGCUCAUCUAUCAGGGUGUUCCGGAUGACUUGCUCACUGGACAAGAAAUGAAUGGUUGCCAGGACGGAAGGCGCAUCUACCUGGGUGCCAGUGCUGCUCAGUCAGCCAGCCUGCAAACGCUGGAUGCCUUUUUUGGCGUCAAGCAUGGACCAGAAGUCGAAGAGUUCCUCGUUCGUAUGAGAGCCUUCAUGAUCCGUCCUCAUCGGCAAUUUGUUGAAGACCUUGAACGACACAGUACCCUUCGGGAUUAUGCUAAUCCGGUGGAUGAGUUCUUCUUCCUAAAGGCAGCAGUCAGCCGUUCGGGUUCCGUCGAGUUGCGGGAGGCAUUUAACGCCUGCAUUAGCAGUCUGGAGAAGUUUCGAAGGGACCACGUACAAAUCGUUCACAGCGCUGAACAUCUUUUUGGGCAAGGUCAUCAGCUCCACAAAGAUUGCGAAACUGUCGACGACUUAGCCCGCUAUUCCAAGGAAACUAACCAUUCAAAGGCCUGCGGAAAUCUCACAAGGCUGUAG